AUGGCCACUUCAGGCGGCGCGGCAGCCAGCUAUUACAACCAAGCUCCUCCUCCCCAGGCCAGUUGCUCCCCUUCUCGAUGGGAAGGCAAGGCACCUCAACAGCAAGCCUCCUAUAACUCCGGAACUCCCAAUAACAAUGUUGAUGAUGCUCCUCCGCCAUACCCUCCUCCGGCUUCGGAUCCCAAAUAUCCAGACACUCCGCCACCGAGCUACGACGAAGUAUUUCGCGUCCAGAAGCCGAAGUGGAACGACCUAUGGGCUGGCAUCCUCUUCCUGCUCACUUGCGCUGGCUUCGUUGCUGUCUCGGGAAUGUCCAUCCAAGGCUAUGCUAUCGUGUUGAGCUAUGGCUACAUGUGGCUGGCACGCCGCUUUACUAAGCAGUUUAUCUGGGCGACGGGCAUCCUCAACAUUGUCUUUGGAUUUGUGACAGCCAUAUACAUGCUUUCACGGAAUUACCUCUCGGGCGGCAUUGUGUUCCUGGUCUUUUCAAUCUUCAUGAUCAUCUGCUUCCUCAGCUGGCGCUCACAAAUCCCGUUCAGCGUGUUGAUGCUGCAGACAGCCAUGGAUGUUGCAAAGGGGUUUGGUCACGUUUAUCUUGUCAGUGCUAUCGGCGGGAUUGUUGGUGCAGCCUUUGCCGCCUGGUAUGCUGUCACCCUUGUGGCGGUGUAUGUCAAGUACGAGCCAAGCCCCAAUAAUCCUGCUUGCCAGCAAGGUGCUGGAGGGUGUAGCGCAGGCAAGGUGGUUGGGCUGAUCGCCUUCAUCACGUUUGCCGCGUACUGGAUCUCGGAAUGGCUCAAGAACACAAUCCAUACCACGAUUGCCGGUGUGUAUGGUUCGUGGUACUUCAACUCGAGAAGAUACCCGACUAAGGUUACUCGCGGAGCGUUGAAAAGAGCGUUGACCUACAGCUUUGGCAGCAUCAGCUUCGGAAGCUUGUUGGUGGCCAUCAUCAACUUCUUGCGGCAGCUCGCCUCAAUCGCUCGGCGGCAAGCUGCUUCGGAUGGCGACAUUCUGGGCAUGGUUUUAUGGUGCCUUGUUGGGUGCUUCAUCGCCAUCCUUGACUGGGCUGUACAGUUCUUGAAUCGUUAUGCCUUCGCCCACAUUGCGUUGAUGAUCAAAGACCGCGGCAUCGACGCACUCAUCAAUGGGUGCUUGAUCGGCCCUGUUCUCGGCAUGGGCGCCACCUUCGUCGGUUUUGCUUGCGCGCUGUUGUCCUACUUGUACAUGGUGUUCACGAAGCCUGCGUACAAUGACGAUGGUGGCUUCACACCAGUUGUUGUGGCAUUUUCUUUCCUUAUUGGCCUUCAGAUCUGCAACGUCUUCACCACUCCUCUGAGCAGUGGUGUUGACACAAUCUUUGUGGCAAUGGCCUGGGAUCCGGAAGUGCUGAUGCGCGACCAUGCCGAUAUCUAUCACCGGAUGGUACAGGUAUAUCCGGAGGUGCAGGAGGCAAUCCAUGCGUGA